UCGUAUUCCGGGCUGCAUUCUUUUGAAAAAAAUAAAGAUAUAUAUAUAUACACUAGUGAGGCUCUAGUUUUAAAAUUGAACUGAAAUGGCAGAUCUUGGGAGCUUUUUUUCAAACCAUUUGAAUGAAAUCAAGGCCACGGUGGCUGUGUUUGCUGUCACAUUUGCGAUUGUCAAGCUGAUCACCUUUCUGAACAAGAAGCAGUACAACCUGCCCCCAGGUCCCCGCAAUGUCCCUCUUUUGGGUUACCUCCCUUUCCUCGGCAAAGCUCCGGCCCUGACCUUCGGCUCCUUGCGUGACAUGUACGGCGACGUGUUCAGCAUUAACAUGGGCAGCUUUCCUACCAUCGUCCUCAACGGGAUGGAUGCCAUCAAAGAAGCUCUUGUAACGCGAGGCGAUGAUUUUUCGGCCAGACCAGCUUUCACCUCCGCUAAACUACUGAACGAGGGCAGGAAUUUCGGAUUCGCUGCUUUUGGACCCAUCUGGAAAGCUCACCGGAAAGUUGUCAGGCAUGUGAUGUACGCCUUCACCAACGCCAGAAAUAAUCCUAUUGAGGACAUUGUAGUUACGGAGGUCGACACCAUUGUCGAUGAGUUCGUUGCUCAUGGAAAUAAACCAUUUUAUCCACGGGUGACCAUCACCCUGGCAGCGUCGAGCAUGAUCUACCAACUUUGCUAUGGCCGACAUAGAAAUAUUCGCGAAGACCCAGACUUUGAAAGCACUCUGAUUAACGCCCAGGAGUUUGGAAAGUUCAAUGGUCCCGGGAACCUCGUUAAUGUCAUGCCAUGGCUCCGUCACAUCAUGCCUUGGAGAGUCAGCAAGUUUCUAGAAAUCAUAGAUUCGGGGCUCAAACGGAGAACAAGGAAGGUCGAAGAACACAAAAAGACAUUUGACGAGAACCAUCUUCGGGACAUCACUGAUGGGCUGCUCCAUGCAGCCAACCAUCUGUCUAAAGAGGAGAAAGCCGUCGGACUGGACAGCACUCGGGUCAUUGAAAGUCUGGACACUAUUUUUGGAGCUGGUGGGGGCACAGUGUCUUCCUUCCUUGACUGGAGUGUUCUUCUCAUGGCAGCGUACCCUGAGGUCCAGGAGAAGGCAUUCAAAGAGAUAGAGAACAUUGUUGGACUAACUCGCUACCCGUCCCUCACUGACCGUUCCAGUCUACCCAUGGUAGAGGCUGUCAUCUACGAAGUGUUUCGCUUCGGUAGUCUAGUUCCACUGGCUUUGCCUCACGCCACAAUCUGCGACACGACUGUACAAGGCUACGAUGUUCCUGAAGGAACGGUGGUUCUGAUCAACCUCUAUUCUGUCCUCAAUGAUAAAGAAACGUGGGUAGACCCCGAGAAGUUCCGACCAGAGCGUUUCCUGUUGGACAACGGUCAGCUGGACAAAGUCAAGGCUGAGCAAGUGAUCGUCUUCUCCCUGGGCAGACGACGAUGUGUCGGCGAGUUUCUUGCACGCAUGGAGGUCUUCCUUGCCUUCACCACCCUCAUCCAACGCUGUCGACUGUACAAGCCACCCGGGGUACCCGGCUACACAUUCGGAAAAGUGUUCCGACUUGCAUGUAUCCCAGAACCGUACGAAGUGUGUGCUGCUCGAAGAGAGUAACAGAAGCGAUGUGUUGCCUCUGGACUUUGAUUUAUUAAUUUUUUUUUUUGUUUAUACAUUUUGAUUUGUAAUUUGAUUUUUUAAAUCAGGUCAAAAGUAACCUAAGUGCUGCUACUGACUUAAACGAAUGCAUAUGAUAUUGAAAACAUGUAACUUUGACAAUUUUCUAACACAUUACGAAAUAAUUUCCUGCAUUCGAAUGUCUGAAUCGCUCUUGAAAGUGUGUAUAGUGACAGCAGACAGUUUUGGAACAUGUGUUACAAAGAGAUUCAUGUGCAGAUGUUUACUCAGGAACUGCUUGUGGGAUGGUUUGACUUCCAUAGCCAUGUAUUUAUCUAAAUAAUAUGAAUCCAGAAAAUAUAUAUAAUAAACUAGAAUUCUUUUAGGCCAUGAUUUAUUUAGAUGAUAAAUUUAUGCUGCAGGAUGAUGAUGAUGAUGAGAAGAGAGUAGGAGUAGGAGUAGCAGUAGUAGGAGGAGUAGUAAUCAAAAUAAUGAAAUACAUUUCUGUUGCAGAUUUAAUUUUUUUUUUUUACACAGAUUAGAGGUAGUGUAGACGAUACUUUUGGCGCUCCUAUAAAUAUUAAAUUUGUAUUAGUUGCUCAUGUGUGUGCUUGUCUUUUGAACUUGUCCGUCUGUUCGUCUUGACACGUGUAGUGACGCAUGGACCUUGAGGAUCGUGGGCUUGAGGAUAGUCUCCGGAUCCUGUACAUUUUUCUCGGAAUGUGAGACAUAAAGGGUCAGAGUGUCUGUCUGUGUGUCUGUCUGUGUCUGUCUGUCUGUUACUUCAUCUUUUAGUUCGUGCUAUUUGUGGUCUAGCGAAAAUUAAAAAAAACAAACUUUACAGCAUUCAACAUGGCAAUGUAUUAGUCACAGUCUGCAAUAAACACUCAUACUCAUACAAAUUAGGAAGAGAAAAACUUUUUAUUCUUCCCUCUCAUUUGAAAGUCUACAAGAGCAAAUUUAACAAAUGUAGCCGUCUCCACGAUAAAACCUGUGGAUAGUUGAUGCAUAACACAUUCCUAAUUUUAAACAACUCUAAGCUUAAAAUCUUUUUAGAUAAUAAGUUUUAUAAAAACAUGGUGCACAGAACGAAUUUUUAAUAGAAAAUUUUAAAAAAUAAAAUUGUUUUAAAUAAGACAAAACUGCUUAAAGCCAGACUUUCAGUAUGAACCACAUUUUCUGUGCACGCAUAUGUGCAACACAUAAAUGACAUCGGAAGGACUUUUGCAGAACAUUUCUAAAUUAGCUUCUUAGGAACAGUUUUAAGUUUGAGAAAAUGAAAGUAGCCUUUAAAUGUUUAGUUUUUAACGUCUCUGAUUCUUGAGGUUGUGUAGUCACCAUGACGUGGGUGUUGAGUUCAGCUCAGUCAUAUGAAAUUAUUUACUCUUGUAGACCAUUUUGGCUGUCGAGCUUGUAGAUAUUGUCUUCACUACCACAGAAUGCAGCGAAGAAAGUUGGUGAAGCUCGUGACAUUCGUGACAGGACUCCUCAUGGUCUAUUUUCUGUUUCUUGGAAUCCCGUAAAUAU